AUGACCGAUGCAGCGUCCAGCUCAGACACCUCAUAUCGACACAGCUUGAACCAGGCGCUGCAUGCCUCGCGCAUCCUCAUCGGCGCACUUGAUGACGACCUAGGAAUUCAAAAGGGCUCCAAGACCACCAAGCUUGGAGCUCAGCACCAGCUCGAGAAUGAGAUCAUCCUGAACGCUACGCUCUCCGAUCGACUAGGCCACGCUGUUGCUGCCGACAGUAAGCUCUCGUCUUUCCAGCUACACUCGGACCCUCAAGUGGCAACAGGCGACUUGGCAUUGCGCCUUCUCUCACUGAUCCACACAUCUUUGGUCCAGAAGAAACAAGAUGCAGACUCGAGGGUCGCUGUGCAGGACGAAAGGUUGCCGGGGUUAAAACGUAAAGGCGUUCAGCCCAUGGAAGAUGUCGGACUCGGAAUCAAGGAUGUCAAGCUCGUCACAACGCUGCAAACGCUGGCUUCCAAAUGGGCGCUCUCCACCCGCAUCAAGGCCUACGACGAAGCACUUUUCUCUCUAGCUCCAAAAGGCUUUGGUCAGGCAAAUAAGAGUAACAAUUCUAACAAGCUUACUUCCGACAACCGUUUCCAAGAGAUCGACGAAGAUGCCGAGCUGCAACAACGAGCGACUGCGAGAACAGCUUUCGACACUGCGCGGGCAGACCUGUUCAGUGUGGUAGAGGGAUGGAUGUCCAUCUUGAUCUCACACAACUCGUCGUCGACAACGGGAAGGCCGCUCCACGCCACGACAGACGUAGUCACCGUCAUGCUGCGCGUUGGCAUCAUCGACUAUCUCUCAUCGCUUCUUCGUCUCGGCUUUGGACCCAGCGUCACUCAGGGAGCAGCAACGGGAGCGACACCGCGAUCAGCAUCUGCACCCACAAAAGAUGCGAUCCAGAAGCAAACAGCAGCAGCGACUACUCAGCUGCUCAGAUUCUUGUCGACCCACUCAGCCAUGUCGGCCCUGUCUUCGGUUAUUGCGCACUCGAACGCCAAGCUUGGAGCACCCUCCUUCGUCAAAGCUGUGUCUUCUCGUCUGCUCACUGCGCAGCUGCUCCGGCCGGACGGCGUUCGCUCGUUGUUCAUCAUCACCUUUGGCGGCACUGAUGUAGCUGAAGCGGCUGAACUCGAAGAGCAAGGCGAUGCAGGCUCAGGCUCAGGCAACGCUGCCCCAGGUUCCAACUCGCUCAAGAGGUUCGAGCAGUGCGCGAGACUGCUCUUGACCCCACCUCAAGGUAUGCCGAUCGACGUGUACAUGCCCAUCAUUCUGCCUCAUCUGCUCGACAUUCUCUCGCCAAACCUUGGCGCAUCUUCGACCGUCACUCCGCCUCCCCAAGAGCAGAUGCGAGCGGCUGGCUUUGUUCUGACUCGCAUCUCGGAACGAUACCGCGAACACUUCUCGCGGGCCAUGCAUGAUCGUGUCUACUCCAAGUUCUGUCCCUCGACCGUAGCCGUUUCUGCUGCUCCUGCUGCUGUUGUACGUGAUCCGACAGUCGUGACGACUUCAGAGGAGAUAGAUCGCGCCGUGUCGACAUUGUCAAGCUUCCUGCUCUUCUCAGAGCCCUCGCCGACAUUUUUCACGAUCCUCUUUGAGCCUAUCCUGCCGCAGCUCUUGACGCUGUACGACUACCUCCACGCACCAAAGCGCGAUGCGGGCAAAGGCAAAGUCAGAUCGGUCGAAUCAGGCGGGCACAGUGAUAGGCUCAAAGUCGAAGUGUCCAACUUCCUCAAGACAUGGGUUCGCCUCGUCGAUGCCAAACCCGGCGCUACAUCCCUAAUGCAGUCGAUUCAAGCAGCGGAAAGGGGCAUCGGAUUCACGCCAAGCGAAUCUAAGAGCGGACAGCAAGGCUUCUUCUGGAGUCAAGAGACAGACGGCAUCUCGAUUCGGUACGGCACUUCGCACCCCGAGGACGAGCAGGACAUCUCGACACUGCUCAAAGACCUCAGCCUAGCAGCGCUUGCCAAGAAAAUCAGCGCGGGCAACACCGACGAGCUGGAUCUGACCAAGAUCGCACCAGAUCUUUCCGCCAAGUUGGGACUGCAGCCGGAUCCGCGUCUGCUGGGGAGCCUGCUGAAGACCGCCGACCGCAAAGAUCUGGCGCGCUUCUUGCUUCCUUCUCUGCUAGACGUCUAUAUGGCGCAGAAGACGGCAUCGAGGGCUCGUUUGGUCGAGGAUGACGAAGAUUCAAGCUCUGAAACCCGGUCAGUGCUCUACUUGCAGCUAAUAUUGCAGCUGUUUGAUGCGUUUGGAUCCGACUUGCUCCAGGGCGAUGUUCCAGCUACAUUGGCUUUUAUCGACUUUUCACUCUCUUCCUCGAGCCAACGCAGUGGAGACACGCCGUUGUCGCAGCAGCGAAAGGACACCUCUGAAAAGUCGAAAGCAGACCCAGAUGGUCUUGAGAUGCCGUUCAUCUCGGCCAAGUCUUCCGCCUCGAAGGCCUCAGUUCCUUCGCUGUUCAACAUUGCUGCUGAAACAAAGGACUCGGCGGAUCAGAAGCUUGAAGACAGCAAAGCCAAGGCUAUGGUCGAUCUAGAGGGCGAGGAUGCGAGUAAAGAAGAAGACGAGGACGAAGACGAAGAGCUCGUUUCGACGGCGCUGAGUCUGCUCCUCUCACUGCUCGAGUCCGACACUUCGCUCUCCAAUGAGUCGCAGCCCAUGCUUGUCGUUAUAGCAGACAAGAUCGAGUUCCUGCUCGACAGUCCCUCGGACGAGAUCCGCAGUCUGGCCAAAGAAGCCAAGCUGGUGCUCAUGGCUCGUCGCAGUUCGAUCCGCGGUGUCACCCCCGCUCUCAGCAAAGAAUCGAGAACGACAAGCGAGACCUCUGCCAAAGCUCUAGCGUACGCACAAGCGCAAGAGACCUACCAGGAAGCGCUGAAGUUGUUGCAGGAUCCGAUCCUGCCUGUCCGCGCACACGGACUGGUGCUAUUACGCCGCCUCGUAUCUGACGACGCCAAGAGCGGCGGGCAGCACGUCGAGCGCGUCGAUCCGGCGCUGUUGCCUGCCAUCCUGGACAUCUUUCUACAUGCCGUGCAGGAUGAAGAGUCGUACCUCUACCUCAACGCUGUGCAGGGCCUAUCAGCGCUGGCGUCAAGCGGGGGUGGCCAGACCAUCGCGAGUCUCGUCGGGAUCUACAUCGGUCGGGAUGACGGCCUAGCCUCGCAGGGCUUGGCGAGCCGCGAGGUCGAGAAACGGCUGCGUGUGGGUGAAGCGCUGCUGCAGGUGAUCCAGCGGUGCGGAGACGCGAUGGCUGCGCACGUCGAUACCGUCGUACCGCCGCUGCUGGCCAAGCUGCGGGACAGAUCGUUGGCAAAUGUGUUGCGCUCGUCGUUUGUCUCGAUCCUCGGGACGAUGGUGGAGGCGGCUCCCGUGGUGAUGGCGAGCAAAGGGUAUGCUGCACAGCUCGCCGAGGUGUGCAUCGACAUCGUGGUGAUCGAGAUGGUGCAGCGGCCGAAUGCACCUCUGAAGGGAGCGGUGAAGCUCAAAGUGCAGGGCAAGCGUGUCGCUGACCCGACCGAGGACGACGAGGUGAAAGAAAACGCACGCGCGCAAGAGCAACGUAAACUCGACAGCGCCACCAGUAGUGAUGCAAAGAUCGCGCAUCUUCGACGUGCGGCCAUGCUACUGCUUACGCUGCUGGUGCGCGGAACGCGGUUCCAGCUCGAAGAGCGAGAUGAAGGAGGUGCGGGUGGGAAGCUGAUGGAGAAGCUUUCGGCUCUGCGUUUACCAGGAGGUGGGAUCCUGCCGUCGGUAUCUGCGUCCGGCGAAGGCGUCAAGGAUACGACGCAGCAGCUGGGCAAGAAGGAUCUUCUCUUUCCGCCGCAGCUGCUCGAACGGCUCAAGCAGGUGGCAGGGUACAUCGAAGCACGAGAUACUGAUGCAAUCGUUCGCACGCAUGCACAUGACUGUAUCGAGCAUGCUGAUGCGCUUUCGCUGGACCUGAUCCAGUCCGGAGUGGCGCUCUCUCUUUGA